GUCUGGCUCCGGUAUGUGAGAAAGACUUGUACGGGAAGAGGAGAGCAGACCGUAGACGUGUGGGAUCGAUUAAAAGACUGGGUGGCACAGACCUUUAGAAGACCGACACCGUCCACAAAGGCCAGGCUACUCCGCUGGAUAGUGAACCAUUAGUGUAACGGUUACCGUGUAUUGUAGCAGAUACAGGAUGUCUGGACAGAGCAUUACAGACAGGAUAACCGCCGCUCAGCACAGUGUCACCGGCUCGGCCAUUACCAAAACUGUGUGUAAGGCGACUACACAUGAAAUAAUGGGCCCAAAAAAGAAACAUUUGGAUUACUUGAUUCAGUGCACAAACGAGAUGAAUGUGAACAUCCCUCAGCUGGCUGACACACUGUUUGAGAGGACCGCCAACACCAGCUGGGUGGUUGUCUUCAAGUCCCUCACUGCCACACACCAUCUGAUGGUCUACGGCAACGAGAGAUUUAUACAGUAUCUGGCUUCAAGGAACACACUAUUCAACCUCAGCAAUUUUUUGGAUAAAAGUGGCCUUCAAGGCUAUGACAUGUCGACAUUCAUCAGGAGGUAUAGCCGCUACCUGAAUGAGAAGGCUGUGUCCUACAGACAAGUUGCUUUUGAUUUCACUAAAGUGAAAAGAGGGUCUGAUGGAGUGAUGAGAACUAUGAACACAGAGAAACUCCUCAAGACCAUCCCUAUCAUCCAAAACCAGAUGGAUGUGUUACUUGAUUUCAAUGUCAAUGCCAAUGAACUGACAAACGGUGUUAUCAACGCAGCCUUCAUGCUUCUGUUCAAAGAUGCCAUCCGACUGUUUGCAGCCUACAACGAGGGCAUAAUCAACCUCCUGGAGAAAUACUUUGACAUGAAGAAAGUCCAGUGCAAAGAGGGCCUCGACAUCUACAAGAAGUUCCUUACACGAAUGACAAGAAUCUCAGAGUUCCUCAAAGUUGCAGAGCAAGUGGGCAUUGAUCGAGGGGACAUCCCAGACCUGUCUCAGGCCCCCAGCAGCCUGCUGGAUGCCCUGGAGCAGCACUUGGCCUCUUUAGAGGGAAAGAAAGUCAAAGACUCAACAGCAGCCAGCAGGGCUAGCACCCUCUCCAAUGCUGUUUCCUCCCUGGCCAACACCGGCAUAUCUUUCACCAAAGUGGACGAGAGGGAAAAACAAGCAGCGCUGGAGGAAGAACAGAGUCGCCUAAAAGCACUUAAAGAGCAGCGUCUUAAGGAACUCCAGAAGAAUCCUGCUGCAGCUACCACAGACUCCUCCCCCAUCUCUACAAUGGGUGGGACCAUCAACUCAGCCCCUGCCAUUGACCUCUUCUCCACCCCCAGCUCCACUAACAGCACCUCUAAGGCAGCCAACGACCUGCUGGACCUGCAGCCUGCUUUCCAGCAGUCGCUGCCUCUCUCCACCACCAACACAUGGGGAGACUCCUUCUGUGGGCCAAGCCCUUACACCACCACUCCUCUCUUCCAAUCUGAGCCCCCUGCUGUAGCUGGUCUAUUCAGAGGGUUUACAGCCUCCCCAACACCCCAGCAGCCACAAAACGCUCGAAGCCUUAACGUUGACUUUGACUCAGUAUUUGGUAACAACACCAACGCCAACAACCUGGAUCCCACAGUGGCAUCCUCACCCAAUCAGAGCAUGACCCCCAACGGCCAACAGUCUCACAAGCUGGUGUCCACCGACCUGGACUCCUCACUGGCCAAUCUUGUGGGCAAUCUGGGGAUUGGCAAUGGCACAGCAAAGAAUGAUAUUCACUGGAGUCAGCCAGGUGAGAAGAAGCUGACAGGUGGGAACAACUGGCAAGCCAAGACCACUCCCUCCACCACCUGGAACCCUGCCACCAUGGCACCAUCUGUCAUGGCCUUCCCUGCAACCACACCAACAGGCAUGAUGGCAUAUGGAAUGCCCCCUAACAUGGGCUCUGUGAUGAUGACACAGCCCACCAUGAUGUACACCCAGCCGGUGAUGAGACCACCAAACCCCUUCGGUCCCAAUCCAGGCGCACAGCAGAUGCAGUUCAUGUAAUCUGAGGGGGAGCGCCGUUUCCCGUCUGAAGAUGAUCCACGACAAAGUCAACUAUCCAAGCAAACCUGUAGUUUGCCUCUAAUGAACUCACCUCUCUCUGAGAACGAACGGCCCAAAUAAAGACUUGUUGAAUAAAAUCACGGUGACUCGGAGCGGCUCUGGCCAUCUCAGAGAGGCAUCACAGUGGACAUUGUGCCCAUCUAGUCAUGUCUAAGUCAUGGAAGGAGAAGAAGAGUACGUGCUGCCAUUCUAAAACCAUGUGGACAGGGAUCACUCAGCCCCCUCUGUAUCCUGGACUAAGAGAUAACCAGAACAGCUUUUUUUCACAUCACUGUUCAUGAACCUGGGGGGGAAAAAAACAAAACAAGUUGGGUUGUUGUCUCACAUACACACUGCUUGAGUUGUCUUUUUUUCUUUUUUUUUCGCUCCUCUUUUUCCAGGUGGGAGUCACUUCUUUUGAUUAUCAAUCAUGAUUACCUUCUUUAAACAUCCUCACAGAUUUCAAACUCCAACUGUUUAUACCACACAUUUGUUUUUUCUUUCUUUUUUUAUGUAUUGUUUGCAGUAGACAUUCCUUGUGUAUUGUUUGUAUUUAUUUAUGAUUACCUUAAAGAGAGGAUGACAUUUAAAAAGAAAAAAAGGAAAUGUAACUAGUCAUUGACCUUCUCCUUGCAGGAGGUCUUCAGGUUUAUACAUAGGUAUGAUUGAUUGUAGAAUUGGAUUUUGAGUGAUUGAGAUGAUUUUUAAAAAGAAAAAAGUUAAUAUAAAGUUUAAAGAGAUGACACAUUUUGCUGUUGGGGCACUAAAAUAUUCUCUGUACUCGCAUGAUGCCUUGUACAGUUCUCUGUGGCUCAAGAGGUCACACUAAGGGUGUGUGUGUGUGUGUGUGUGUGUGUGGACGUCAAAAUUCAUUAACGCUGUCAAUUCAGUGGGGUCGAUUUCUAUGAAUUUGGCAAGGGAACAUUUUUCACAUCAGCAAAAGCACUACAUUUUGUGAUCGAGGCAGCAUCGCAUUGGAAAGGAAUCCGCAUUUAUGCUUUUGAUGCUUUUUGGCAUGCCGUUUAUUCUUACAUUUAACAAAGCCCCUGGCUGCCCCCCUUUUUCCAACCUGAAUGUGCAGGGUCUCUUUCAUGCUCAGAUCAUGUUUCCAUAGGUGAGCACUGGAGCGUUUAGGACGGUGGGGGUGGGCGGGGGGCACGGUGAGGCAUCAGGUGUAGGUUUGGGUCAGGAGCAGAGAGGUCCAGUUGUGCAGGAGAAUAGAGCGCUGUUGAUCGGUGCUUUGUGUAUAUAAAACUGAUCCUGCCAGUCACAGGAAUGGAUGGAUGCAGGUAUGAAAGAUGACCUGAACAUGAAAGUGGCCCAUAAUCCAUUAACUGAGCAUAUUUGCUGCAUUGUCCCUGCAGAUUAUAUUUUUGUUUGUUUGAUUUUUUCCAAUAAAGUGCAAGCUUCCACAGUUA